AUGGCCAGGCCGGCGGCGGCGCCCCUGGGAGAGGCAGAGGGGACGCGAACUCGACCGACGACAGGUCCGGGCGACGACCGAACCGACGAGCUCCGCCCGACGGGGCCUUCCGGGGUCGCCGCCCGCUUCCGGUCGCGGGGCCUGCUCUCGCGAGAGGACGGCGGGAGCCCGGCUUCGCCGGCGGGGGCGGUGGGCUCACCUAUGGGGCUUUCCGAAAGCAAACACACACCCAGGAAAGAUGAGGAGCAAAAGGAGGCGUCCACCAGCUCAGUUCCAAAACCUAAGGAAAAGCUGGCGGAGAAGCAUCCCCAGGAGGGCAGGCAGGCAGACAGGGAGGGCCAGAAGCCCGCAGACCUCCGUCCGGGGGCAGACACAGCCAAGCACCAGCAGCCUUCGGCUUCCGGCGAAGAGAAACCUGAUGUGAAGCAAAAGUCCAGCAGGAAGGAAAGUGUCAUUCCACAGAUCAUCAUCACCCGAGCCUCGAAUGAGACUCUGAACAGCUUCAGCUCCAGUGGGAGCGAAGAGCAGAGGACCAUCUGCGAGGACGAGGCCUGGGGCCCCUACAGCCGACACAGGAACCCCAGCACAGUAGAGGCCUAUAACGUACCCACCAAAGAAUAAACACGUGCCCCAGCCGCUGUCCUCACUCACUGUGAUACGAGUCUCGCAGCGGUGGCAGGAGGGCCGGCCCACCCUCAGGAAGCUGCCUUUCUUCAGUCCACGAGGCUUGCCCCGUGACCGCCUUGGUGUUACCUGCCCCAGAGCUGCUGGCAGCUUGGCGCAGGCUCGAGUGACUGGCCCAAAGAGUGGACUUUGUGGUGAUAAAUGAAUAAAUUAGUGCUUUCCUGUUGCAGGUGGCUAGCUGAGCAGGAUGAUGAACGGACAGCAGGUGGUACCUCGCGCUCCGAUUCACAACGGACAGUUAAAAUCCUUCCCAUUGAAAGAAUAGGCUGGUCUUGCUAUGUUGC